CGCGACCGCCAUGGCCGCCCCCAGACACCUGCCGCUGCCUCUGCUGCUGCCGCUGCUGCUCGCCGCCAUCUGCACAGCGGCGCCCAACGCCCAGUCCGGCGCGUACGUGGUGCAGCUGCGGUACGUCGACUCCUGCGGGGACGCCGGCUCGCUGGUCGACUUCGACCUCGACGUGGAGGAGAGCGACGGCCGGUCCAUCCUCGCGGGAACCUUCACCGUGAGCGAGCGCCUCGAGGACAUCACCGGCACCAUCAACUGCAGCAUCCGCGGCGAUGCGGGCUGGCGGGAGAACGCGGUGCAAUACCGGAUCCGCAACUGGUGCCAGGAGGGCGUCAUCCGGCGCAUCCUGGCCGCCACCAACCUCACGCUGGAGGAGCAGUGCGCCGUGCCGGCCGGCACGUACGCGGUGCUGGGGCUGGACCUGGACGAGCCGGUGCACGCGGCGGCCGGCGACUCGGCGCCGCUGGGGCUGUACCGCGCGCGCCUCGCCCUGGAGGCGGGGCAGGGGGUGGCGCUCUGCUCCGCCGCAGAGCUCGAGUUCGCCUCGCCGGACGAGUAGCCGGCGCACGGCCACCCCAGCUGGACACCAAUAAAGCACCCUGAAUGCGCAGACGAGUCUCUCUCUCUCUUUUUAACCACUCACCUGCUCCUUCCGUCGGAUACGUUUGCGCUGAUCAUCCAGAACUGAUAUGUCUGCGUAAGCAGAAGAAACUACGAUCAAAGUCCGAAACAAUUUAUUGGACUGUUCAGUUACCCAAAAUAAAUUUUCCAAG